CGGUUUAAGCCCUAUUUAAACAUUCUUUGGUAAGACCGUCAGCAAUCGUUAGCUAGCUAGCAUCACAUGCUUCGAGGGAUUUUGACUUUACACAAGACAAGUACGUAGGCACAUUAAUGAUCGACUCUGCGGAGGUUAUGAGUCCUGUCGGAGGGGAGCGUUGUUCCAUUGACCCUUGCAGCAAGAACAGAGAAAAUGAGAAGAAGAAGAGGUCUCGAGUGAAACAGCUCCUUUCAGAUAUAAAGAAACAAGUCGAAUUCUGGUUUGGAGAUGUAAACCUGCACAAGGACCGGUUUCUAAAACAGCUGAUUGAAGAUUCAAGAGAUGGAUAUGUAGAUUUAUCAGUGUUAACCACCUUCAACCGAAUGAAGAAGAUGUCAACUGACUGCAAACUGAUUGCAAGGGCGCUGAAAAACUCAUCAUUAGUUGAGGUUAACCUGGAGGGAACGAAAGUUCGAAGACAGAAUCCACUGGGAGAUGAUCCAAAAGAUGUUGACACUCGCACAGUCUAUGUGGAACUUCUGCCCAAGGAUGUCAAACAUGGCUGGAUAGAGCGGGUCUUCAGCAAAUGUGGGAAUGUGGUUUAUGUCAGCAUCCCAAAAUACAAGACCUCUGGACAGUCGAAAGGUUUUGCUUUUGUCGAGUUUGAAACAGAAGAGCAAGCACAGAAGGCUAUAGAGAUGCUAAAUAAUCCUCCUGAAGAUGCUCCCAGGAAACCUGGAAUCUUUCCCAAAACCAAGAAUGGAAAGCAAAUCCCCCUUGAACACACUGAAAAUGUCACACAAGCAGGUGAAGCUGAGCAAACAAAUAAGUUGUCAGUGUUAAGUGCUAAGGUAGAAGCAAAGACAUCAGUUAAGGUCAAUGAACAGGAAAUGGUGACUAGUGGGAAGAUGACAGAGAUGAUAAAUGAUGAGGAAAUGGCCAGCAGACAAAGGCUCCCUGCACCAAUGAUGGAAAAAAAGAGACGGCGCUCGCAAUCAUCAGGAAGUUUGAGCCAAGUCCAGGACGACCUGCCAUCAAAGAUCAGGAGGACAAUGAAAGAGGAGGAGUCUCAGUGGGAAAGAGAGAAGUGUGACGAGAAGGGAAGUUUGAGCCAAGUCCAGGACAACCUGCCAUCAAAGAUCAGGAGGACAAUGAAAGAGGAGGAGUCUCAGUGGGAAAGAGAAAAGUGUGACGAGAAGGAUAUGGUAGUCAAAAGUGAUAAAGAGGAAGACAAAAUGGAAGACUCUCUGUUAAAAACCAAAAGAAAAAGGAAAAAGAAAAAUAAGGAGAGACUGAAGAUGGGAGAUGAGGUUUUACCGCUCAGAGUUAUUUCCAAGCAUGACUGGCUUGCACUUAAGCAGGAGUAUCUGACCUUGCAAAAACAGAGUAUGUCAACAUUAAAGAAAUGUAUGACCGAGAUCCACCAGAGGGGGGGUCGACAACAAAUGGAGGCAAACAGCAUUCUCCAGAAGGAACAGACGUUUGAAGAGAGUGAAAAAGCUGUUAAGGACAAACCAAAGGGGCCUCUCUUUGAGUCUGGAGUCAUUGUGAAGAUAACACACACAAUGCCUUUACCUGGGAGAAAGUGUAUAAAGGAGGUACUCUCAGAAGUUUCACCUGUGGUUUAUGUGGAUAUCGUGGAGGGAGAUGCUGAGGGUCAUGUCCGCUUCAAGUCUCCAGAAGAUGCCAAGGCUAUAAUCAACGCAAAUGAAGAGCUCCAAAGAAAGCACAACUGGCAUCUGGCAAUCCUUUCUGGGGACCAUGAACAAAGAUACUGGCAGAAAAUCUUGGUGGACCGCCAAGUCAAGUUGAACAGACCAAGGGAAAAGAAAAGGGGCACAGAGAAGCUGAUUUCCAAAGCAGAGAAGAUAAUCAUUGCCAGGGCUAAGGAGGCUAGUAAGCACAUACGUUUCCUGGAGGAUUGAUGGUGGCACGAUAAAUGGCUAUGGGGAUCUACAUGUAUUUUCUUCUGCAUUUGGUACUCAUUUAGUUGAUUGCCUUGUUUAAAAAAAAAAGAAUAAAACAAUUCCAAGACAGUUCCCCUAAACUAAGUUUGCUAAUAAUGUUUUUUAAACUGUGUGUAGAUACAAUUAUAGAUGGAACAUAAACUAAUUCAUACCAUCAUCUUGUGAAAUAUGUGCCAUGUGCACAAAAGGUGAAUUCGAAUACAUUUACAUGCCGCUGUUAAUUUUUCAUAACAUUUUGCAGCCAUUUUUUCUUGGAACAUCAUGAAAUAAAGAUUUAAUUUUGGUAA